CCGAGGGUACUAAUUCCCCCCCCCCCGGCUAUUUACACCCGGAGAAAGGAAAGCAUUAGCGAAGUCGAAAGUUCAUCAAUUAUCGCGGGCGCGUGACUAUGGUUCAUGGGUGGACCUCCUCACUGAUCUCAAAAAUAUGGCUGUUUGCUAGGAGUGGGAUAAGCAAGAUUUCAAUUUUCAAAAGCAUAUAUUUGGAAAAUCACGUUUCACACAAUGAGCUUUGAAGCAAUUUUUGUUUGAAGAAAUGAGAAGAAUUGAUUUACUAUGGGAAUCGUGAAAUAUAGUGCAAGUUUGCUUUGGAUGUUUAAUGAAUAAUGUUUAUGAAUUUUGUUGCUUUUAAUAAUUUCUUGCGUAUUAAAAGUACAUGCAGCUUUCCUUUUCAGUCAAGCUGUAAGUUCCUACCUUAAACACAGGGGGUCCAACUAAGAGCUGUGUUAUGAGUAUGAAUAAAACAUUAAUAAAUCGUAAUAUGAAUAAAACAUCAUAACGUAAUAUAUUUAAAUUAUUGCACUUACUUGUAUAAAUCAUAAGAGCUUGUAUUUCCAGUGAAUAGCUUCAAACAGGGCGCUUAUAUAUGUUCAGAAACAUUGCUUCGAAAGAUUGUUCAAAUACCCUCGUCUUCCGCUCGCAAUCCUUGCUGUUAUUUUCGUUGGAACGUCGUAUAACAUUUUCGUUUUGUCAAUUUAUUCGCCAUAUUUGAACAAUCGUUCGAAGCAAUGUUUCUGAACAUAUGUAAGCGCCCUGUUUGAAGCUAUUCACUGGAAAUACAAGCUCUUAUGAUUUAUACAAGUAAGUGCAAUAAUUUAAAUAUAUUACGUUAUGUUUUAUUCAUAUUACUAUUUAUUGUUUUAUUCGUACUCAUAACACAGCUAUUAGUUGGACCCCCUGUGCUUAAAUUACUCUGUUUAAUCCAAGAAAAAAAGGUAAAAUGUAAAGAAGAACAAAUUAAUUUGAAGACCUAAUUGAAAUUACUCCACAACUUGAACUUAUUAACGGCAAAGACGACAAAAGCAGUUUAGUUAUUAAAAUGAACAUUUCAAAACAUUUUACGAAGCGAUUCAGUUUAAAUUUUACAUUAAAUCAAAGCUCACAAAAUGCAAAAUAACAUACCUACUGUACAUAAUUCGGAAAUUGAUUGUUAUAUAAUUAAAAUUUAAAAGCAAUAAUCUUUCAACUAUUUUUGGCGACUUGUUCAAAAAAAAUAUAAAAUUUAAGAUUGUCGUGUUGCCAUGACAACACUGACGUAAACGCCAGCCUCAGUCACAGAUGUGUAAAUUUGGAGAUACAUAUAUCUUUUACUUGUCCACGCCACUGGAUUUGCCACCCCGAAUAUAUUUUUCUCUAACCCGUUCACUCGCCAAGUAAAGCAAUUUUGAUUGACUGACUAAGUAAAUAUAAUCAGUUGUAAUUUGAUAUCUUCGGGAGUCGUUGCCGAAAGUUCUAUCAUUUUAACCUUUCGGCAACCAUUGCCGAAGGUAUCAAGUUACAAUUGCGCACCCGUUGUGUUGCCGCCGCAAGAAAAAAACGUUGGCUUAAAACUUUAAUGACAAAGAACAAAGGGAAAAGAGAAGAUCGAAUAAAAUAGACUUACCACGUCGCAGGACAUACGUCUUCAGGCAUGCUUGUGUCAAUGUAAAUAUUUGCUGUCGAUGUGGCAAGACCAAGUAACAUAAAGGACAUCAGAACUUGUAGCGAAAACAUCUUUAAUCUCUUUUAGUAUCAAUGUUAAACUGAGGGGCUGGGCGGGCAGUGGUGUCGCUGGGCGGGCAGUGGUGUCGCUGGGCGGGCAGUGGUGUCGCUUGGGUGGAAUGGUGGUGUAGGAAAACGAGCGCCGAAGGCGCGAGACAAUUUCGAGGGUUUCAAAAAAUUUUGAAAUAUUAAUUAAGUCCACAACAUUCUAUUUCUUGUAUUUUGGGGUUAAAAUUUCUCACAAUUCGGAACUAUGCAAAACGAAUAUUUCACGACUUCUAAAUAACUGCUUUCCAUAUUAUAAUUAAGAGAUAAAUAUGUCUGAAAAUGGCAAGAUUUUUCACGGAAGAGAUUAUUUCGUUGGCCUCAGAUCACAAAGCAACGGUUUUACUAACACUAACCCUACUCCAAACACCCACUCUAACCUUAAUCCGCACCCUAACCUAACCCUACUCCAAAUUUGUUUCUAAACCAAUCUUGAAGAGAAAAGGUUUGACGAAAGGUUCGUCGUUGUCGUCGUCGUCGUCGUUGCCGUUGUCGUUGUUUGUCGUUUGUCGUUUGUCGUUUGUCGUUUGUCGUUUGUCGUUUGUCGUUGUCGUUGUCGUUGUCGUUGUCGUUGUCGUUGUCGUUGUCGUUGUUUGUUGCUGUUGUUUGUUGUUGUUGUUGUUGUUGUUGUUGUUGUUGUUGUUGUUGUUGUUGUUGUUGUUGUUGUUGUUGUUGUUGUUGUUGUUGUUGUUGUUGUUGUUGUUGUUGUUGUUGUUGUUGUUGUUGUUGUUGUUGUUGUUGUUGUUGUUGCUGCUGUUGCUGUUGCUGUUGCUGUUGUUGCUGUUGCUGUUGCUGUUGCUGUUGCUGUUGUUGUUGUUGUUUUCUCACUGUUACCAGGUAUAACUGCAAGUUGACGAGCAUCUGCUGCACGCUAGUGCUUAGUGAACUUUUAAAAAUUUUCUCUCUGCAGGGAUGCGAUGGUUUAUACCAAGUCUGGACCAAACAGAAUUGGUCGUGUAUAUAACAAAGUGUUUUAUCGUGAAUACACUGAUGAGACUUUCACAAAGACAAAAACACACCCGGAGUACCUUGGAAUUCUGGGACCGAUACUGAGAGCUGAAGUUGGCGAGACGAUAAAAGUUGUUUUCAAAAACUUGGCAAGUCGUAACUAUUCCGUUCAUCCCCAUGGCGUGUUUUAUGAGUAAGUACAGAUUUUCUCCGUGGGGACUCUAGUUUCCUCUUGCUGUGACAGACAACCAAUAAAGGGUGGCCUUUAUACUGGACUAAUUCCCCAAUAAACGAUAGCCUUCACUACACCUCUAGUGAGAAUAGUUAGGAUGUGACAAAGCUUUCUAUUAUAAAAAAUAGUUCUGUUUAAAAGGUUAGCCAACUGUUUUACUCCAAUCACGGUCGACAAACCUUCCUACUUCUAACUAUAAAAAAUGUUGGAAUAUUUAUUUUUGUCUCAUUAGCAAGAAAAACGAAGGAGCUCUCUAUCUGGACAACACAACAUUCAAAGAUGACGACGCUGUUCCUCCAGAGCAGACUUAUACGUACACUUGGGAAGUUCCUGCCAGAGCUGGACCAAGCUCGAGUGAUAAUGAUUGUUUGACGUGGAUAUAUUACAGUGAUGUCAACCCAACGAUGGAUACAAAUUCUGGACUCGUAGGACCUUUGAUCAUUUGUAAAAUGGUGAGAAUUUAGUAGCCAGCAAAUAGCGGUGGAGCAAAUACAUCUAUCAGUUCCUAACUGUUCUGCCUAGAGCUCCAGAGGCAUCCCUUAUUGCUCCAGUGUUACUACAGGAAGAAGAAACCUAAACUAAACUAACUUUAUUUAUGCUGGAUAGUUGUGUCAGUUCUAAACUGUUCUUCCUAGAGGUCCAGUGAGGAUCAUCACUUAUUGAUCGAGUGUUACUACAGGAGGAAACCUAAACUAAACUAACUGUAUUGAUACUAGAUAGCUCUAUCAGUUCUAAAGAAUCAAACUGGAAACAUUUUUUUCACAUGCGUCUGAGGUGAAACUACAAUUGGAAAAGUGCAUAUAUCAUGAAUGAAACACCAGUCACAGAGAUAAAAGUCGUGCAUGAGCUAACUACUGUGGCACCAAAAAUCUAUAAUUUGACUCCAAUUUCUAAAUUUCAGGAUACACUAUCUGCAGAUGGAUCUAAAGUGAAAAACGUUGAUCAUGAAUACCCAAUCUACUUCAGUGUUAUGGAUGAAAACCUGAGUUGGUAUUUGGAUAAAAAUAUCAAAGAAUUUACAUCAAAUCCUGGCAGUGUUGAUAAAGAGGACGAAGACUUUAUUGAAAGCAACAAAAUGAACAUAAUUAACGGUCGAAUUUAUGGCAACCUGAAAGGGUUAAGCAUGGUACAAGGGCAGACAAUCAAUUGGUAUCUUCUCAGUCUGGGUACAGAGGUUGAUAUGCAUAAUGUUCACUUUCAUGGCCAGACAGUUUUAGCGGUAAGUCGAACAUGGUUGGUACUACUACAUUUGUCAGCAAUAUGGUCGGUUUCAUGAAGCAAUAUCGUGCUGCAGAUAGUCAGAUGGUUGGCAACUUCCAGUUGUCUGAGUGAGAAAAUAAAAAUUAUUUUUAUGAUAUGUGAUAAUCUCGUAUUUGGUGACAAGUGAAGUACAACUGAGAGCUGUACUUUAAUUAAGGCUACUGUUUGCAUAAACAGCGAGACAUGAAAUCAUAUUUUCAUUUCUGCAGAGAACAACAGCAGACCACAGAGAAGACGUGAUUGAUUUAUUUCCGGGGGUGUUCAUGACGGUCAAGAUGACACCGGAUAGUGUUGGACGAUGGUUAUUACAUUGUCACGUGAAUGAUCACAUGGUACAUGGAAUGGAGGCUCUCUAUGAUGUUGCAGGUUGUGUAGAAAUUCUGCCUGACUUUCACCUUCUUCUGGAUAUUUCCAAUGAACUAACUUUAUCUAGACUGGAUAGCUCUUUAAACGGUUUUAGUUAGGACAUUCCCUUAUUAAUCAAGAGCUACUACAGCAGGAAACUAACUAAGCUAAAACUAUUUAUAAUGGAUAGCUCUGAGCUUGUCUUCUUGUAGGUCUUGUUAGAGUCAAGCCUUGUUGGUCCAGUGCAAUGCCAAUGGUCCGCUGCAAUGGUCCAGUGUUACUACAAGUAGAAGGCUGAGUUCCCCGAAAAAACUUGUGGUGUUUCGUAGAGUGGAAGCUCUUUCUUCGCGACUGUGAAUGAAAUUACACACAAUUGCAUAUUGCAGGAAUCGAAACCAACCACAGAGAUGAAAGCCACAUGCACGAACCACCUUUAUAUCAAGCUCCCUUCUUUAAUUAGAUUUUCUUUUUAUAGAAACCGCACCAAUCACACCAAUGGCAAGUACAGAGAAACCGUCAUCAUCAUCAAGUCUUCUUGUUGUGAAUACAUUCAUUUUCCUUGCUGCCUAUUUCUUUUUUAUAUGUUCUGCUUUCUUUUGAACCAUUUGAUAUAAAACAUAGGAUAUCUAAACGUCGUUAACAUUGGUACAUUUUAUAUGCUGUAGUUAGCGAGGUAGUUAGCUACGUUUUUAUCGUAAAUGUUUGGUAGUGAGUAUCGUGUUCAAAAUAUGAAUAUAAAUAGUAAUUUUGUAUUGAUAAUCAAGGUUCAAUAUAAAUGGAUGUAUAGUGUUAUGGAGCUUUUGAACUGAAAACAAAUUUGUGUUAAAU